UCUGAGCAGAUACUGGGGUAUCGAAGGAGGCUGAUUCUAAGAUGUCUGUUUGGUCCAUAAUUGUGUACCCUGAAUGGGGAACUCCUAAGGGUGAUAUCGAAUAACUACUAUCCACUAAAAGAGGGAAAGAUCCAGUGUGGGUAAUGGGGCAUCUCCAAGGUCUGCUUGAAGGGAGGUUAAGAAAUGGUUGCGCAAAAGGCAAUCAUGUGGGAGUUAUGAGAGCUCCUCUGGAGGGGUAAGUAGAAGGGUCACCGGGUUCACAGUUGAGUAGUAGAAGGUCAGAAGGGGGUUAAUGAGAAAAGCUACUUCAUAACAGCUAAGUCGAGCUUGUGCAGGUCUGAUGGGAAAUCAGGAAGGCUACAAUAGCACGUGCCGAAUAAAAAUCAGCGGUUUUUGGGCAGUAAUAUUGGAACCAGCUGUUACAAGGGAAUAGAUAGCUGGGAGAAUUUAGGAGCAGGGUGGGGAGCCCAUGGUGACAGGGUCAAGGCAAGUUGAGUAAUAGGCCACUGGUCUCUAGCAAUCCCCAUGGGUUUGGAUUAAGACAUCAGUUGCACAGUCUCUUGGAUACUGGCAUACAAUCAUCUUCAGAGUGUCAGGGCACUGGCACGGGCAGUUUUUAAUUCAGUGACAGCUGACGUCAUGUUUUUCAUUCAGGGUGAAGGUCUUUGAAGCCUUGCUUGAAGCCAAAGGAGUUAACUAUUUGCUGAGUAACGUCAUGUGAGGGAGCUCCUGUCGGCAGUAGUUAACUAGGCCUAAGAAGGCACACAUUUGCUGGGGCUUGUAGGCAAAGGGGUUGCUAGAAUGGGUGUAAUAUGUUCCAGGGUUAACUGUCAGUCAGAAUCACUGAGCAAGGUUCCCAGAAAUGUGACUCGGAGGUGGCUAUGCUGACUCACCCAGGAAUGGAGGGCGUGCAGGAGAUAGUUGGUAUCUGUGAUGAUAGCAGAUUCCAAAGGGCGAGCUCGGAGCAAAUAAUCAAUAUAUUGGACAAUGGCGGAGCUGCCCAGCAACUGAAGCUCUGAAAGCUGCCGGUACAAUACCUGCGAGGAUAGAUUGGGUGAUUGUCAAAUCUCUCAAGGAGGCAGGUCCAAGUGCACUCCUGACCUUUGAAGACACAACGAGAACAAACGAGCCAAUAUGGCUGAAGGAGGCAAUAGUAUUUUCCAAAUGGCAGCACUUGGCAGACCUUUCCGGAUUGGGAUGUUAUAUGAUCUACGCAGUGACACCAUCAUCCCAGGUGUCACUUUGUGGGACUUGGUUGAGCUCCAGAAGAACAUUGACGUGCAGGUGAAACCCAGCACCGACUUUACCAUCAUUUCCUCAGAUGCCAUCGAGGACAAAACGUCUUCUUUGGAUGUGGAAGCCUCCCUCAAGGCCAGCUUUUUGGGGGGACUGGUGAAGGUGAGCGGCUCAGCCAAAUAUCUGAACAACAAGAAAACCUCGAGGCAGCAAUCCCGGGUUAGCCUCCAAUACCGAGCCACCACCCGGUUUGAGGAGCUUACCAUGAGCCAACUGGGACCCCAGCACAUCACCUACCCUUCCGUCUUCAAGCAGGGCUCAGCCACUCACGUUGUCACGGGCUUGUUGUAUGGUGCUCAAGCCUUCUUCGUGUUUGACCAGGAUCAUUCCUCCACUGACAAUGUGCAAGAUAUCCAGGAAAACCUUGAGGUUAUGAUUAGAAAGAUCCCCACAUUCAAAAUCAAGGGACAGGGCUCAGUCGACAUGUCAGAAGAGGACAAGAAGCGUGUGAAGAAAUUCUGCUGCACCUUUCAAGGAGACUUCUUCCUCGACAAGAACCCAGUGAACUACGAGGACGCUAUUGAGGUUUACUCAAAGCUGCCUAAGCUGCUGGGCGAUCACAGAGAGAAUGCAAUGCCCCUGAGAGUCUGGUUGCACCCUCUGAAGAUGCUGGACUCGAAAGCAGCUCAGCUUGCCCACGAGGUCAGCAUCGGUCUGGUCAAUCAGUGCCAGUGGAUCAUGGAUCAAUUCUGUGACAUCGAGAUGAGGUAUAACGAUCUAAUCAAGAGCCCAGCGGCAAGGGCCUUCUCUGAGAUCAAAGACAAGCUCCAAACCUUCAAGAGAAUGGUCCUGGAAUUCCAGACCCUCUUCCAGAAAAGGCUGGCACAAGUACUGCCCUCCAUCCGGGCUGGGAGAAAAGGGGAAAGCAGCUUGGAGGAAAUGUUAGAGCAGAGAGAACGAUCUCCAUUCAAGUACAGCUUACUGGACGCUUGGCUGAAGAAGAGGGAGAAGGAAGUGAACACAGUGGGGGUGAAUCUGAGCAGACUGGAGGGGGUGGAGGUUGUGACCCAGAGCCAGUUAGACACAAUCCUGGUGGACCCAAUGAUUAAAUUUGUCAUUUGCUUCAACUUUAACUCUUUGGGGGAGACAGAUGUUUAUCUUCAGGAACUCUCCAAAUACCUCAAGGCUCCACGAAAUGAGACAGAACCAAAUGGGGCAAUGCGAAAAGACACAAGUCAGGCAAGUGAGGACUGGUUUGAUGUAGCAUCAGUGUUGAAACGAUUGAGAGAAGCGGUCCAUUUCUAUUUGGUGCUGCUCAGAUCCAAAGGUUCACAAGACCCCAAGUUUGUGAUUUCUUCAUUGGUUGAGAAGAGUAUACCUGGGGCAUCCAUUUUUGAGUAUGAAUAUGGAAUUGUGAAGACAAGGGACAGCAGUCAACCACAGCCCCAGAGCUCAGAGGGCACAAGAGUAGCCAGUACCAGUGUAAUUCUGUCCAACAAAGUCUCUGGAGAGGACACUGAGCCAGUGUUGAUCUCCAGAAUGGAGAACAUAAUCAUUGAAGAUAGCAGUUUGCCCUGGGAGAACUAUGACAAUGUUGAGUGAUAUGUUGUCCUGGUUAUCCCCACACAGUGAAUAACUAUACAGCUCCUCCCCUGUGUGAGAGCCUUUGGGGUGGUGGUGUUGCUUAUCCAGUGAGCCCAUUGCUACAGUCUGCACCAUUCUUGCUGAUGUACCCAGUCAGGUGACAGUGUGACUGUGAACCUACCUCCCUCACCAUCUCCUGUGCCCACCUGUUCCAGGUUGGCAGUGAAGCGAAGAUGGGACAUUACGUUGUCAAAAACCUGGAGGGCAAGGAAUCAAGCAUAGAUUGUCUGAGCAGCCUGAAAGCUGUCAGGAAAUACAGGUUCUGGGUGUACACUGUGGCAGCACAGGGACCAGAGCUCUGAGGUGACGAGGUAGGGGAUGGUGACCCGAGGUGAAGACUCUUAAAACUUCAUUAGGAAGAGGCCCAUAGAAUAGGCUCCUGUAUCUUCUCAUCCACCAGAUAAAGGAUUGGCCGAAGUAAAAAUAGAUGAAAUUCCCUACAGUGUGGAAACAGGCUCUUCACCCCACAAGUCCACACCGACCCUCCAAAGAGUAACCCACACAGAC